AUGGACUACAAAUUCACACAGCGAUACACGGAUGAGGAGAGAGAGAUGUCGCACCAAUCAGAUGACGCUUCACCUCGGGGAUACACUGAGCUUUCUUCGGGUGCCGUCUUGGAAUAUGAGCCUAGCGAGGUGAAUUCCCCCGAUGAGGAGAGUACAUUUUUCGAGAAUGAGUUUAGCGAGGGAGAGGUUGUUGAGGGGUAUACGACAGAAGACUUUCUUACCGAGGACGAGUGUGCCGACGAGGAUACGAGAGAAUAUUCUGCUAGCAAGGACGAAUCCGCCGACAAGAACGCCCCAGAAGAAUCUCUAACCGCCAACAAUACUACGUCAACCUCAGAGCCCAACACUUCCGAAGCCUCCUUCAAUCAGGGUACCCCCCAGAAGAAUGCUACAGAUCCAUCUUCUGACUCUCAGCAAGCAGAUGCCGCCCAAGACACGCAGCUCACAAAACAGGCUUCUAAAGCAACAAAGACACCUAAGAAGCCCAAGAAGCCGAAACUCAAACAAGUCGAGGAGUAUAUGCUAGCUCCGUACGAGAAAAAGGUGAAAAUGAUGAGUAGGGCCUAUGAAUAUGUCCGUGUUCAGGGCUCCAGAUUGCCGUAUGAUGGGGCUAGUGCGGAUGUUUAUGUUGAUAGUGUUAUUGCGGCGGUAAGUAUUGCUUGUUUUUUUAUUUUUCGUUUUUGUAAAUAGGUAUUUUUUGGAGAAGACUGGAAAGUGGUUUCAUCUCAAAGAGAGGAUUUGUUUAUUCCAGAUUCUUGUGAUUCCCCAAGAGGACUUUGAUACUCAUUUUCCUUCAAACUCCCACUAUCAUCACUUCAAAACAAAGCACUAACCACCAACCCCAGGAAUUUCCCGACACCACCUACACAGAAGGCAACCCCCUAAUCGACACCGCACAACUCCUGACCGUCGGAGCAGAAAGCCACGUAGCCGCACGAAUCAACUCCUUCCGCAACAACAGACUCAAUUACGAGUCGGGAAUCUACUGGCAGAAAGUAGCAUGGGGCAUCGCAGAUCUCAUCUACGAAUCUCUGUUGCGCCAUCAUCGUAUCCCUCUGGGUCCGAAUACAUUCAAUACCUAUGUUGGAAUGCUCCAGCAUCGAAUGUAUGCUAGAAGCCGUAAGCGACCGAAACCCCCGCUGGAGCAGAUGGCUGGGCAGUCUGCGUUUACGCCGCUUCGGACGCGCUUUGAGGGCUUGGUUGAGGGGACUGUGAGAUUAGGUGAGUGUGAGAGAGUCUUGACGCUGAGAGAGCGCGAGGCUUUGAAUUUGGUAGUGGAGGAUGAUGGAUAA